AAGUCUGCGAAAGGAAGUAGAAAUAUGGUUAUCUUGAAGAUGUAGUAAGUUGUUCCUGAAAUGUAAAUAUUAUUUUGUUUGUGAAUUAAUAAUAAGAUUUAAAUUGGAAUGGCAUCCUCACAAGAUGCUUGGUAUCUCUCUUUAUUGGGUUUAGCGGAAUAUUUCCGGACAUCCAGUCCCCCCAUGAUUAAAUUAUGUAUUCAGUGUUUGCAAGCAGUAUUUCACUUUAAACCUCCUCAAAGAGUUGAAGCAAGAACCCACCUUCAGCUGGGAAAUAUUUUGUUGAGUCACACAAAAAACAUUGACCUUGCUAAGAACCAUUUGGAACAAGCGUGGAUGCUUUCUCAAUCAAUUACUUCAUUCGAUGACGUCAAAUUUGAAGCUGCCAGUGUAUUGGCUGAGUUGCUGGAGCAGCAAGACCAAAUAGCGGUUUCCAAACCUAUUCUUCGGAAAGCUAUUGAGUUGUCGCAACAUAAUGUGUACUGGCAUUGUCGCUUAAUUUUUCAGCUAGCACAAAUACACGCCACUGAAAAAGACUACACAUUAGCUAGUAGUCUGUUAGGAGUUGGUGUAGAUUAUGCACAUAUUUCAAAUGCAUACUAUACACGAAUAUUAUUUUUAUUAAGUAAAGGCAUGCUCCUACUAAUUGACAAAAAACACCAGGAGGUGCAACCAGUUUUAAGUCAAGCAGGUCAUUUGAUAGAAACCUGGACAGGAGCAGUGUAUCAAAGGGAAUAUUUGAAAGUAUACUUUUUAGUUUUACAAGUAUGUCAUUAUUUGAUGGCUGGGCAAGUGAAAGGUGUAAAACCGUGUUUGAAACAAUUGCAGCAGACAAUCCAAGCCAUUAUGGCUACAGAUGAUGUAUUUACUGGUCCAAGUCAAGGAGACAUGUUUCUUUGGAUGCCUAAAGAACACUUAUAUGUUCUUGUUUACUUAUUAACUGUCAUGCAUAGUAUGCAAGCAGGUUAUAUGGAAAAGGCACAAAAAUAUACAGAUAAAGCUUUAAUACACAUUGAAAAAUUAAAAAUCUUGGAUAACAAACCUAUUCUGUCAGUAUUCCAACUAAUGUUACUUGAACACAUCAUAAUGUGUCGCCUCGUUAUGGGUAAUAAAUCCCAAGCAUUGCAGGAAAUAUCCUCUGCGGCUUCACUUUGUAGACAAUGUCCCCGUUUGCUUGAAGCACAUGGACCUCAGCUUCACACCUUACUUGGGCUCUAUGCAAUGAGUAUGAAUUGCAUGGAAGAAGCUGAAGCCCAAUUUAUAGCUGCACUAAAUACAUCUCAAGAAAGGGAAUUGUGGACGUUUUCAAAUUUAAACUUGGCUAUUGUAUAUCUUAGAGGUAAACGAGAAGCCGAUUUCACAACACUUUUUGACCGAAUCAACCCUGAUAAUCUUCCUUCUCAUUCACACAGUCUCAAAGCAGCAGCUUACUAUGUUCAGGGAUUGCAAUCAUUUUUUCAAGGACGUUAUAAUGAAGCCAAGAGAUUUCUCAGGGAAACACUGAAAAUGGCAAACGCGGAGGACUUGAACAGACUUACCUCAGGUUCUCUGGUCCUUCUCGGUCACAUCUUUUUAUCCUUGGGUAAUAGCAGGGAGAGUAUGAAUAUGGUGACACCUGCUAUGCAACUAGCCAGCAAAAUACCUGAUGUUCAUGUACAGUUAUGGGCCUCUGCUAUUUUGAAAGACCUGCAUAGAAUCUGCGGAGAUAUACAACGUGAAAAUGAGGCCUACCAGAGACACUUGAGUUUUUCUCAAAUUUUGUUAAAUGACCACUAUCAAGCUUCACAAAUGCCUGAACACAGUCUGGUGCAGUGGACUCAAGGUAACCUACCAGAAAAUAUUGCCUCAAAUCCACAGAGUACUUCUGCUUUGGCAGUGGCCAUUGGUCUGGGAAGGCCAUAAAUUUCAUUAUAAACUUUGACUGAUUUUUUAAUUAUCUUAGAUUAUUAUAAGGUCACCAAUUUUAAUAAAUCUUUUGUGAAACAAUUGAACAGACCACUUUUUUAAUGGUAAUUUUAUUUAUUUAUUUAUCCUCUUUCAAGGGAUAUUGCUGUAUUGUUAUUUAACACGUUGACUGCCGACUACGAGAUAACUGGUUGGUAGCGAUCUUUUCAAGGACGCCAACUACGAGUUAUCUCGUACUGUAUUCACUUGCCAUUCUUGUGUUGCUACGAUUAAACUCGUAAUAUAUCAGUGCUAAUAUCGAUAGAUGGCUUAUUGGGAAAGAACAAAAAAUCAAUGUUGGCUUGCAUGAAAAGACAAUUUAUUUGAAAACGGACAUAAAAAAUGUAAGUGUAAGAAUUAAGUCAAAUUACAGAAGUAUAAUAAUAUUUACUGUUUGUGGAACUUUUUAAAACAAUCUUCCACACACAGAGCUGGUUUUUCACUACAUACUGGACAGUAAUAACGCGUUUCUCGGCGUUUUUUUCCUUGGUUACAUAUGCGACAUGGUUUCGUUGGACGCUGUUUUUUUUUCGGUAGGCGGGAAACUCUAAAUAAUGGAUACUUUGCAAUUUACUCUUUUUCGUAACGUGUUGAAUUUCUUGUCCAAUCAAUGCGAGCACGAAUUCCUCUCUGAACUUUAUCAGUUUUAUGUUAGAAGAUGUAACUUUUUUAAAAAUUUUGUGAGCAUUGUGGAUGUAAAUCUCUAUAAUGUGCAAUGCAACCUUUUUGGGCCAUCUAAUAGUCUUUCUUAGAGAUGAAUAAUACGAAAGCAUUUGAUCUGAUUGGUCAAUGCCAGACAUUCCAUUGUUGUAAUCUCGAAUUAUAUUCGGUUUCAUAGAAAUUUUUCCAUUGCGAUUGGGCACUUCUAUCAUUUCAACAACAUGCAUGAAAUGCAAAGGACAUCUCGCUUGUCUUUCCAUUUGCAAACAGUAACAGGACCAUUUCGCUGCCAAAUACACUCCCCUUUUUUCAAUUUACGAUUUACCAAAUCUCUAGGGUUCGCUUUUCUGUUAUUUCGUAGGGUUCCACACACAUACAUUUUUCGUGUAUUUAGCAGUUUUGUAAGUGUAACAGAAUUAUAAAAAUUAUCCAUGAAAACCGUGUAUCCUUUAUCGAGAUAGUCCUCAAGUAAAUGUAAAACAACAUCAGUAGUGUGGCCUACGUUAUUGUCAGUUUUCUCAGAUUUUCCACUAUAAAUCUUUAUUUUCAUAACGAGACCAUCGGACUCACAAAGUUCAUACAGUUUGAUCCCAUAUUUGUGUUUCUUAUUUUUUAUGUAUUGGCGGAAAAUCAAUCUUCCCCGCCAUAGCAUCAUAGACAGAUCAAUACAAAUAUUUUUAUUUGGUACAUAGUUUUCCCGCAUAAUAUUGUUGAAAUGAUUUAGAAUUGGUCUUACCUUGUAUAAUCUGUCGGUAGAUGUCUGAGAUAUAACUGACGCGGAUGAUGACGCAAUGAAUGAUUCAGCAUUAGUGAAGCGACAAGUCAGUGCAGGUGUGCCUACGAAUAAACUCGUAAUUGACUUCCGAGAAGAGAUUACUGUUUCCGACGCCAACUACGAGAUAAUUCGUACAUUUUUUUUUUAGGAAAAUACGUUUUUACUCUUUUAUUUUAUAACUAUGCUCUAGAUUUAGACUUUUUAAUAAUAUAAUGUAAUAAAAUCAAAAUUUCAUUUUUGGCCAGAAAUCUGAAAAUUACUGUGCAGUCAACGUGUUAAAUGUCAAAUCAUAAAAGUAUUCUUAGAUUUAAAAAAGUAUAGUGGCAUAAGAAUCAAUAAGUUAGAAGUGCAAAGGUAGGCAGAAUAUAAAUAGCAGGCCAGCUAGGAAGGAAAAAUACUUUUAUGAUAUGAAAAAAUAAAAUUAUGAAAUUUUAUUUUACAAUCUUGGAAAGCAACUAAAGGUACAAUAGCAUCUUUGUAAAAUUUUAUCAUAACUAAUGUUUCUUUCUUUGGUAAUUUAGGCUAGGAACAAGAUAUAGAGAUAUGGUUUUUACUAUACUAUUUGUUUUAUUUAUUUAUAACUAACUCCAAAACAGUGUGAAAAAUUGGUACAGGAGGCUUACAAUCAAAAUAAAACAAUUAUAUGAAAAAGCUUGGUAUUUUAUGUAAGUCUUCUUAAGUUUAAGUAGAUAGUGUAAAUAGUCACUGCAAUUAUACUUUCAAUUUCUGACAAAAUUGUUUUAUUGUUUUUGGUUUACCAAUUACUUUUGAUAUAGAGUUAUAAGUCUGAAUACAGCUAUAUAAUGGUGAUCUUGGUACUGUAAGAGUUUUUAA